CAGUCACAUACAGAAACUUAAAUGAUGGGGCGACUCUUCUCUUGGGGUCCAGAUCAUUGAAUAUUCAACUGUCCUCUGACUCUGCCACUCUUCUCUUCACCUUAAUUUAUUGGAUAAUCAUAUAAUUUCAGCAACCAAAACUUCUGUCAGUUAACUUUAGCUUGGCAACUUCAGAUGCUCAUUUAUUAUGAAUGAGGAUACAGUUGUUCAAAACAGAUUAGAGCUUCUUUCUUUUUUAUUUUGAGGAGUUGUUAAAAACAGGUUUUCAUUUGCAGUCAGUUUUUGUAAACUGUUGGAAAUGAGAAUUAUUGGUUGUUGUAAACAGGUUUUCAUUGCCUUUCUAUGCAUCCAUUUCUGUUGUACUGCAGGGCAGACCAAUUUCCAAGAUGCUGCUGUUUUGAAGUCCCUCACAGAUGGCUGGAAGAAUUUACCGCAUAGCUGGACUGGAGAAGACCCUUGUGGAAAGAGAUGGGAAGGAAUUACUUGCUCCAAGUCUCGUAUAGUUACCAUAACACUAGCAAGUAUGGAUUUGACAGGUCAGCUAACUGGAGACCUGGAAUCAUUGUCUGAACUGCAGAUUCUCGAUCUAUCCUACAAUAAAGGGAUUACAGGUUCACUUCCACCGUCUAUAGGAAAACUGUCAAAGCUUACAACCUUAAUUCUUCUUGGUUGUGGCUUUUCCGGGAGCAUUCCUAAUUCAGUGGGAUCGCUCAAGAAGCUUGUAUAUUUAUCUCUAAAUUCAAACCGCUUCACUGGAGAAGUGCCAGCUUCUAUUGGUAGCUUGAGACAGCUAUAUUGGCUGGAUUUGUCUGACAAUCAGCUCACUGGUAGCAUUCCUGUUUCUGAUGGAAGCAAACCUGGACUCGAUUUGCUAGUUAAUACAAAGCACUUUCACUUCGGAAAGAAUAGACUCUCUGGAGAAAUCCCGCGUAAUCUUUUUAAUUCUAACAUGACUCUCAUACACGUGCUUUUUGAUAAUAAUCGCCUCACAGGAAGCAUUCCUGAAUCGUUAGGACUUGUUCAUACAUUACAGGCAGUUCGCUUCGACAGGAACUUAUUGAGUGGGGCCGUUCCACCGAAUCUAAACGAUCUUAUUGGAGUCAGUGAGCUGAUGUUGUCCAACAAUGCACUUACUGGUCCUGUGCCUAAUCUUACAGGCAUGGUCAGCCUUAUCUCUGUCGACUUGAGCAACAAUAGCUUUGAGGCUACAACAGUUCCACAUUGGUUUUCAGCCCUGAAGUCUCUGAAAACAGUAAUUAUGGAACGAACAGGACUGGAAGGACUGCUUCCAUCAGGAUUCUUCAGUAUCCCUCAGUUAGAAACUGUAAUCUUGAAGAGCAAUCAGCUUAAUGGGACAUUAGAUAUUGGUGGCAGCUCUAGCCAGCUACUGAAAUUCAUUGAUCUACAAAAUAAUUCCAUCAGUAACGUCAAAUUGGAUCCUGGAAAAAAUUACACAUUAAUGCUUUCCGAUAAUCCAUUUUGUCAGAAAAGUUUAGUUGCAUCACCUUACUGCAACAAAAAUCUGGGUUCAUCCUCAUACAAAACACCAGUUUUUUGUGUUACUCCAAAAUGUGCCUCAGGCCAAAUGUCGAGCCCCACUUGCAAAUGUGCAUAUCCGUACACUGGUACCUUUGUCCUCAGAGCUCCUUCCUUCUCAACCUUGGGAAAUGAUGCUUACUUCACAGAACUUCAGCUUUCUCUUUUACAAUUUUUUGUGGAUAUUUCACUGCCCGUGGAUUCGGUGUCACUAAGUAAUGCAGCUAUGGACUCAUUCGGUUACCUUAACAUGCAUCUAGCAUUCUUUCCAGCUAAGGAAGUACAUUUCAACAGAACAGCAGUUUCAACACUUGCGUUUGUGCUUAGCAAUCAGACUUACACGCCAAAAAAGCAGUUUAAACCUUAUGUUUUUUUUGCAGAUAAUUACACUCCAUUUGCAGGAAGCAAAAAACCAUCUCAUAUAGGUGCAAUUAUUGGUGCUGUUAUGGGAGUUUCCAUUCUACUGUUGCUGUCAAUCUGUGCUGCAGGAUACGCAUUUUCUCAAAAGAAGAGAGCAGAGAAGGCGAACCAGCAGGCCAAUCCAUUUGUUUCCUGGGAUUCACAAGGAACUAGUGGUGACGUUCCCAAGUUAAAAGGUGCCAGGUUUUUCACAUUUGACGAAGUUCAGAAAAGUACCAACAAUUUUUCUGAAAUCAACAACGUUGGUUCUGGGGGUUAUGGAAAGGUUUACAGAGGAGUUCUUACAGAUGGAGAGAUUGUUGCAAUAAAAAGAUCUCAGCAAGGAUCGAUGCAGGGUAGUCGAGAGUUUAAAAAUGAGAUAGAGCUUUUAUCAAGGGUUCAUCAUAAGAAUCUAGUGAAACUCAUAGGAUUUUGCUUUGACCAUGGAGAACAGAUGUUGGUCUAUGAAUUUAUUCCUAAUGGUACACUACUUGAUAGUCUUUCAGGGAAGUCUGGAAUUGAGUUAGACUGGAUCAGACGACUGAAAGUAGCCCUUGGGUCAGCUCGAGGUUUGCAGUAUCUUCAUGAGCUUGCUGAUCCACCGAUCAUACACAGGGAUAUUAAGUCAAAUAACAUCUUGCUUGAUGAGCGUCUAACUGCAAAAGUUGCUGACUUUGGCCUUUCCAGGCUAUUUGGCGACACUGACAAGGGUUAUGUUACUACUCAAGUCAAAGGAACAAUGGGAUACCUUGAUCCUGAAUAUUUCAUGACCAAUCAGUUGACUGAUAAAAGUGAUAUAUUUGGUUUUGGUGUGGUUUUAUUGGAAAUGCUAACCGCAAGAAAACCAAUACAACAAGGCAAAUUCAUUGUGAAAGUGAUGAAAGAAACAGUAGACAAGUCAAAAGAUUUAUAUAACCUGGGUGAACUAAUAGACCCAAUGCUUCUUUCAUCUUCAAAUACGCUACUUGGGUUCGAAAAAUUUGUGGAUUUGACACUGAAAUGUGUUGAAGAAUUCGGAGUUGAUAGACCUUCCACAGGUGAAGUGGUGAAAGAACUCGAAAUCAUUAUGCAGUUGGCAGGCUUUAACCCGGACACUGAAUCUACCACAACUUCACAAAGUUAUCAAGGAUCAAAUACAAAGAGUUUUAGCCAUCCCUACUCCGAUGAUUCACUUGUUUGAUAUAUUUAUAUUUAAACAUGUAAAAUAUCCAAAUGUGUAGUUUUUCGUGUCGAAUAUAGUCUCCAAUGCUGAAGUUGGAUGAGAUUAUUUGUCCCAUAUAAGAGCAAGAAGAUGUUUGACAACUAUAUAGGUAGUAUGAUGUUAGUGUAAUUGCUUAUGUUAGUAUAAUUAUUUCUUUAUGGAAGCCUGAGACGGAAUAUUAAGUCCCCGUUUCUUUUGACGGAAAA